GCCGAGCAAAGACUCCCGUCCGGCCCCUCUCCUCACGGAGCUCGCACGGGGUCCCACCGCCGCUUCCAGCCGGAGCUUCCCCUGGAACUGACCCGGGCUGCAGGAGCAUGAAUGGUCCAGCUACAUUCCAGCCGUCUCCUCCCCCUUCCAACCCUCCAUCCUCAGGGACCGUCCUUUAAGCAGCCUCUUCUCACGACGGCAGCUAAGUCUUAUCGCCGUUACGAAACAGAGAAUGACUCCUAGACUUGUCGGUGUUCACAGGGCUCCUGGGAUAAUAGGGCUGACAGUGGUUCCUAACAACGGGUAGUGCCACCCCUCUGAUCGGUGUCACCAGCUGAGCUGAUUAUAAAAGAGAGGAUGCUUAUUGUCUGGGGGGAGCUGCUGGUGUGCCCUCUCCUGGUUGCUGAGGCAGACAAGCUGUUGACUUUCACUGAUUAUUUCUCUGCUAGCUUACAAUUCCAGCCUGGGCAGGCAACCUUCACAAUUCCAGUUAGAAAGUAUUUCUGCUGGCAGUGACUAGUCAUGAAUUCAUCUCGUCUAAACAACAGAGCUGAGAGCCACUUUAGAGCAUCAGAGGAGCACGAACUGGAGACAGUGGGGAAGAAAGCUUGGGACAAUCCUGUUUACAAUGGCUCUCCUUCUACAUCCCUGAAGAUUCAAACCAUCUACAACCCCAAGUCUAUCCUGCAAAAUCCCUAUGAGAACUUUGAAGAGGUUGGAGAUCCACUGCCCUACCAGGAAGAACAGAGCAAAGCUGUGGAUGGGAAGACAAGUCCUUUCCUCAAAUGCUUCCUCUACAUCUUCAGAGGCAUAAGAGGUCUGUGGGGCACUACACUGACUGAGAACACAGCUGAAAACAGAGAGCUUUAUGUGAAGACCACACUGCGAGAGCUGCUAGUCUAUGUUGUGUUCUUGGUGGACAUCUGUCUAUUGACAUAUGGAAUGACAAGUUCCAAUGCCUAUUACUACACCAAAGUGAUGUCUGAGCUCUUUCUGCAAACCUCUUCAGAUGGCCGUGUCUCCUUCCAGUCCAUCGGCAGCAUGGCUGACUUCUGGAUGUAUGCACAAGGUCCCCUUCUGGAUAACCUUUACUGGACAAAGUGGUACAACAACAAGUCCCUGACAGCGCACAGCACCCAGUCGUACAUCUAUUAUGAGAACCUGCUGCUGGGUGUCCCACGCAUGAGACAACUGAAGGUGAAGAACAAUUCCUGUGUGGUCCAUGAUGACUUCAAGGAGGAAAUCUCAGGCUGCUAUGAUGUGUACUCAGAAGACAAGGAGGAAAGGGUCUCCUUCGGGCUCAUCAAUGGAACCGCGUGGAGGUACCAUUCUGAGGAGGAGCUUGGUGGUUCAUCUCACUGGGGAAGACUAACCAGUUACAGUGGGGGAGGAUACUACAUAGACUUCAAGUUGACCAGAGAAGAGAGUGCUGAAGCCUUGCAAGUCUUGAAGGAGAAGUUAUGGCUGGAUCGGGGAACACGAGUUGUCUUCAUUGAUUUCUCUGUAUAUAAUGCAAAUAUCAAUCUGUUCUGUGUCCUGAGGUUAGUUGUUGAGUUUCCAGCCACUGGUGGUGCCAUUCCUUCCUGGCAAAUCCGGACAGUCAAACUUAUACGAUAUGUCAGUGCAUGGGACUUCUUCAUUGUUGCCUGUGAAAUUGUAUUCUGUGUCUUCAUCUUCUACUACGUGGUGGAGGAGACUUUGGAGUUGCGUAUCCACAAGCUUCAGUACUUCACCAGCAUCUGGAACAUCCUGGAUGUGGUUGUCAUUCUGCUCUCCAUUGUCGCCAUAGGGUUUCACAUCUUUCGCACCAUUGAGGUGAACAGGCUGAUGGGAGAGUUGCUGAAACACCCCAACACCUACGCAGACUUUGAGUUCUUGGCAUUCUGGCAGACUCAAUAUAACAAUAUGAAUGCAGUCAACUUAUUCUUUGCCUGGAUCAAGAUAUUCAAGUACAUUAGCUUUAACAAAACAAUGACCCAGCUCUCCUCCACACUGGCACGUUGCGCCAAGGACAUCCUGGGCUUUGCCAUUAUGUUCUUCAUUGUCUUCUUUGCCUAUGCCCAGCUGGGUUACCUUCUCUUUGGGACACAAGUGGAAAACUUCAGUACCUUUGUUAAAUGCAUCUUCACCCAGUUUCGGAUCAUUCUCGGUGAUUUUGACUACAAUUCCAUUGACAAUGCCAACAGGGUCCUUGGGCCUAUUUACUUUGUCACCUAUGUGUUCUUUGUUUUCUUUGUGCUCCUGAACAUGUUUCUGGCCAUCAUCAAUGACACCUACUCAGAAGUCAAGGAGGAGCUUUCAAGCCAGAAGGAUGAACUGCAGCUCUCUGACAUCUUGAAGCAGAGCUACAACCGGACACUCAUGAGGCUGAAGCUGAAGAAGGCGCAGAUUUCCGAUGUGCAGAAAGCACUUCAGAAUGGAACCAAAGAAUUGGACUUUGAAGACUUCAAGAACAGCUUGAAGGAACUGGGCCAUGCAGACCAUGAAAUCACAGCAGCUUUCUCCAGGUUUGACAAAGAUGGCAACCACAUCCUUGAUGAAGAGGAGCAACAGCAGAUGAAGCAUGACCUCGAGGCAAAAAGGGUUGCUCUGAAUACAGAGAUUGAAAAUUUGGGGAAAUCCUAUGGUGGAAACAACCUGGAUGAGAAUCUGAUCUACAGGGAAGCAAGAGAUAACCACACCAAUAAAGCCAGCUGGGUCUCCAAAGAAGAAUUCCAAGUCCUGCUGCAACGUGUACUGCAGCUGGAACUGUCUCUAAACAGCACUGGCUCCAAGAUUGAUGCAGUGGUGAGCAAGCUCGAUGUGCCAGAAGGAAACAAGCUGAAGAGGGAAGACCUGGUGGGUAAACCACUGGAUGAUGUUAGUAAGGAGCAAGAAGCCAGGCAGGAAGAGCUGCAGCCCCAGAGCCUAGACCAGCUGGGGAAGGAAGAAGCAGAAACCUGGGGGAUGGAACAUGUACAGAGAAACAACCUGAGUGGCAGCUAUUCUCAAAAUGGUGUCUACCACAUCUUGCCCAGGUCAAACAUGCUGGGGUCUCGAGCGUCCAAGAACAUCAUCCAGCCAUAGUCGAAUGUGCACUUCUAGCAAACAGCCAAGUGCUCCCAGUCUGGCUCCCAUGGUACUAAGUCACUGUCAGUUGCUCCCCCACUGUUGAGAUAAUCCAGACAGCUGGACACAGACACCACUGUUGCCAGGAACUGUCUAUGUGAAAAAUUAGGGCUGCUCUUCUUCAGUGUGAUGAUGUAUAAUGUCACAGAGUAGAACUGCUGCCCUCUCUGCCCCGCUGUCUCUGCAGUAGGUGAAAUUUGGAACCAGGUAAUGUAUUAGGUUUCUGCCUCUGAACAAGCUGACACAAAGUCUCUUAUCUAUCCUUUCCCAAAAAGUAGGGACCCCAGAACUCUGAACACUUGUGUCCAGAGUGGCAUAUUGCAACUUGUUCCCAACACACGCAAUUGUCUGCAGAAAACAGAUGUGAUUAUAUUAAGUUUUCUUUAUGUUAUAAUCUCUAGAGUGAGAUGGAAAGAAGUUUAGUUGUGUCUACCUGGUUACAGACAGUUUUGUUCUGCUGUAGUUUGUUUCCAGAUUACCUUGGUAACCUUCUCUGUAUCUUAGAUUCAGAUGCUGAGAGAAGAGGAUACUAACACCUAGCUUUGGCCAAUUAAAAUGAGAAAUGACUGACAGUUUAAUUGGAAGGAAAUCUGAAAUACUCUAAACUAAGAACCAGUUGUUAUUGGUAAAGUCUUGGGUCUGAGUGUUAGGGAACAAACUUCUGGUUAUAUGGUUUCUAACACAGCUGUUGAUACUCUAUCAUUUAUUUUCACGCUCCUUAAACUACAUCUCAAGGUUCUUCAAAAAACUAGCACCACUUUUAUGAAGCUCUGAUCUUGUUUUUGCCAAGGAAACAAUUUGCAGUUGUGGGUGCUGACACCGUUUCAGUUGAAGAAUAUGGUGAAAAUGAGAUGUGUCCGUUUUUCAACCGCAUGCAUGCAAAAUACUUCUUUUCCAGGCAUUUCUCCCUUUGCUGAGACUUCUCUUUCCUUCUAACUGGUGCAGACUAUUGCUGCUAUUACAGGAUCACUGUAAAUGUAUUCAAAAUAUCUUAAUCACUGGUAUUCUACAAUAGUUAAGCUCAAGUAAGCUCUGUAGGCUUAAAGCCAAUAGAAAUGUGAGUUGUACCAGACAAUUGCUAACAGCUCUCAUUAGUGCUACACUGUUUAGCAUGCUAUGCAGUGCAGUGAUAAGUUUCAGCUGCAAGGACCGAGCAGGAGCUGUGAGGAGGAGCUUGUCACCCAGCCCACAGUGAGCUUAGAUUUUGGACUGGAGCUGUGGGCGCAGAAACCAGAGGCUUCACUUCCCAUCAGCAGGAAUUGUUCACAAUUCACUUCCCAUCAGCAGGUCCUGCUGUUGGGAACAAGACUUACCUGUGAGACAUUGCCAUGGUUCUUGACUCCCAGUUCCACUGAAUUCAGAAUUAAACAAGAUCUUCCUACCUUCAGCUUUUCCAGAUGAACUUGUAUCAGUGGUGUUGCUUACUUCCUCCUGCUCUCUGCAUUGAAGCUAUUAUCUUAUUCAGAACUUCCCGAAAUGGGCCUUCUUUCUUCUUUUUUUUUUCCCCAAAAUUUUAAUUAAACAGGAAAUCUCUAUGCUAAAUUGUAUUUGAACAGAGGAACUAUGUGCUCUGUAAUGGGCUUGAAGAGCACACACAGCCCCUUGCAAUUAACUAAUCAGGUCCUUUGUGUAUUGAAAGACACAGAGGGAGGUUCUUCCUUAAAUUCAUUUGUAAGACCCUGUUUUAGAUCCUGGAUCAAUAUCAGUCUAUGGUUACCGAGGCAUAAUUGCAAAAUCAAAAAUGGAGGCUCUUUCUUUGAGGUCUCUGAAGGAGUGCCUUUUCUACAGGCUCAAAAUAUUGGGUGAGGUUCUGAGUCUGUGUUACUGCAUAGAUAUGAAAUACUCAGGAUGCCAAUCUGUGAAGAACUAAGUCUAACACCAUGGGAGAGAUCCAAGAAGCAACUGUCUGCUUGAGGUGGUUGAUCCUGUGCUAAUGCAGUCAGUGGAAGAUAUGUUGCUGGUUGAGGCUUAGAUUCUGAAGAGAGCAAUAAUUACUGUGAAGGCAAUAGGAUCCUGAAAUCAUGUCUUGCCAAGAAAAUGAAGGUAAAAAUUAUCAUCUGUAAGGCCUGGCUUUAUAAAGCCUCAGAUUUCUCACAGAAAGAAUGUUGGUUUGGUUCUGCUCAAGAGAAUAACCUUCUGCAGAGAAGGUGGCACAGGACCUCCCUCUUUGCAUUGCCCAGUUUUUCUGUUUGCCUUUUCAGCUGUACCAAACACCCACAAGACCAGCCCCACGGAUAACUUGCCCACUGAGGCAGGGAUACUGCAGCACAGUGAAAGAGCCUGUCAGUAGGCACGGGAAGGCAACCUCCACCACCCUGCUCCUUUCUGCAUAGGGACCCCCAUAAGUGUCAGGGAAAGCAGGGGGAGCACAGAGGACAAUGGUGUGAUAGCUGGACUCAGAUCCAUGGGACAGUGACCUACAGCCUCAGGCAACCAGCUCAUAGGCACUGUGGUCUGCUCUUUAGGGCAGCAGGAGAAACAAAAUGCUCAUGUUUGUGCUGCAGGGUUUGUUCUUGCCCAAAACUUGGGAAGUCAGCUUUCCCCUGCAAAGGGAGGGCAGGGGAGUCUCUACAGGGCCACUGCAGCUGGCAGAGAUGCCUGCCCCUCACUCUGCCUCUCUGUAGCCAGAGACUGUAGCCAGGGACUAGACUCUAGACCAGCUUGCCAGGGCUCCCCCUUUCCCACUGGCAAGAACAGCCUGGCAGCCUGUCCUCCUUUGGGCUUGGGUGGCAGUAGUCAACCUGCCAUGCUGAGGAGCCCUAAACCAGCUCUGGCUGGGAUCAGACAAGAACUGCAGGCUGCUGUGGUCUCCUGGGUCAGCUCCUUUCUCCCUUUCUGGCAGAAAGACCACUCCCUUCACCCUGUGCUGUGAUUUUGAUAGUCCCAAUGCUGCUCAGUGUAAGAAAAUUCUGUCACUGGCAUGUACCUGUGACUGCAUUAAUGUCUUCUCUCUUAGGUGUAUCUCUCCAUGCAACUGUGACUUGUCUGUUCUAUGUUCUCAUUGUCACGUAUAUGAUGUGUCCUAGAGUAGGGCAAGGAAAUUACUUGUUUUCGGUAAGCGCUUGUGUGUAAUCGUUAGUUGUGUCUUCAAGCUGGUUAAGAAAUAACAUAAAUACAGUGAAUGGUAAGUUCAUACAGCUUUGCUUUUCACAUGUGUGUUGUCAGGCCUCCUAUAUAGCUGUUAUAAUUUAGAUGAUGUAUG